AUGGGCAAAAUCGUGUCUAUGGAAUAUUUUCGCGUUCCUCCGCGGUGGCUCUUUGUGAAAAUCACAGACGAAACAGGCGCCUGUGGAUGGGGGGAAGCUUCCCUCGAGGGGCACACUAAUGCCGUAGAAGGCUGCCUAGAUGCCUGGUUUGAGAGAUACAAGGGAUUAGACGCGGAGUCAGUGGGUUCCUUUGAGCGACCGGACAUUGAAAAUAUUUGGCAGCUCUCGUGGCGCGGUAGCUUCUACCGUGGUGGGCCUGUGUUUAUGAGUGCGCUGUCAGGAAUUGAUAUAGCUCUAUGGGAUAUGAAAGAUAUACAGGCUGACGCACAAGUAGCCAGAAAGCUUGGUGUGCCCAUAUAUCACCUACUGGGUGGCAAGGUUAGGGAUAAGAUUCGAGUGUAUGCAUGGAUUGGGGGUGACAGGCCCGACGAUGUUCAGGUUCAAGCGAACGUACUUAUGCUCAUGUCCCAUAGACAAGCUCGCAAACAGCAGGGGUUCCAUGCUGUUAAGAUGAAUGGUACAGGAGACACAGCAUGGUUAGACUCACCAUCGGUUCUUCACGAGGUCGUCGGGAGGGUCAAAGCAGUAAAGGCAAUGGGCAUCGAUGUUGCUAUUGACUUCCACGGCCGAGUACAUAAGCCCAUGGCCAAGCGCCUUGCGAGGGCAUUGGAACCCCACGAACCUCUGUUCGUCGAAGAACCGCUUCUUGUGGAACAUAUCGGCGGCAUCAAACAAGUAUCAGAGUUGACCACUGUUCCAAUUGCUCUUGGUGAGCGACUUUAUAGUCGCUGGGACGUACGACCAUUCUUGGAAAGCAAUUGUGUGGAUAUACUCCAACCGGAUAUUUGUCACAUCGGCGGCAUCUCCGAGAUGAGACGCAUCGCCGCCAUGUGUGAGACUUAUGAUGUUGGUGUCGCUCCUCAUUGUCCGCUAGGUCCCAUUGCACUGGCGGCUUGUGUUCAUGCGAACGCGACAAUGGGGAAUUUUGCCAUCCAGGAGAUGGGCAUAGGCAUGCACUACAAUAACACUGGGCAAGAUAUCACAAGCUAUAUCACGAAUCCAGAGGUUUGGGCUGUGCGGGAUGGUCAUAUCGAUGUCUUAUCUGGUCCGGGCUUAGGGAUUGAAAUCAACGAAGCAGAAGUGAGGCAGAUGUCGCAGAAUACCAAAGCUUGGCCAACUCCGGAGUUUCGCGGUCCUUGUGGAGAGCUUCGAGAGUGGUAA